AUGAGAACUUGGUUUUGGAUCCGCUGGCUUCUGAUUUUCAGAUGUGCGAGCACAGCGCAGAGAAAUUUUCAUAUAAUCCUUGAUAAUGUCACCACUAGGAUUUUUGACUCGGGAACAAUCGAAAAGUUGGGUUGCCAGGUUCAACAAAUAAAUAAUCGUAGUUAUGUGAAUUGUCAAAUGCUGUUAAACCGCGAAAUCGUUAAAAUGGAUGUUCGAACCGUCUUGGAUUUUAAGAAACCAAACGGCCAAGCAAUGAAGUUGUACGAUGCUCGAGUGGAUGCCUGUCUCCUAAUGGGAAGUUAUCAUAAAAAUCGAUUUUUGAACAUAUAUUCGAAUAACUUUAAAAAGUCCAACAUGCGAUGCCCCCUCAAAGCGAACUUCAAUUAUACUCAGGAAGGAAUGUAUUUGGAUGAGCAGGAAUUUCCCACAUUUGUGCCCUCUGGCACAUUCCGAUGCCUUUGUAACUUUUAUCUUAACGAAACUUUUAUCAUAUCUCGUGUUGUAACCCAUGGAAAAGUCACACCCAGUCUUUGA